AACUUCCGUUCCUUACUGCCUGAAUGGUAUGUGGAGAGAACGGCAACUUUAGACCGGGAAGUGGGGCAUCUAAAUCAAAUCUAGCUAGCUAACUUUUCAAGUAUACCUUAGCUUCCUGUUGACCAUUGUAUGAGGCCGAGAUGCAAAGUCAGGAUCCAUGCGAAAAUUGUCCCCCUCUUCUUCUUCCCUCUCUGCGUCUCUUCAUUCCACCACUGCGGCUUGUCUCUGCAGCCAUGUGGCAAGUGGUUCAACGAGGAGACGUUCAAGAUUAUGGGAUGCUGGAGGAGUUUGUCACCAUGGUUACAGAGAUUGUGCCAGAGCUUUUGAGUUGCGGUCAGAGGGCCCAACUAGUCCUGGGGCUUAGAGCAAGGUUGGUUCUGGAGUUGUGUCGCACUGAGCAGACAUUAGACCUCACAAAAAUUCAAAAACACCUGGACAGGAUCCGAUCCCUCACAUCCACUGAGGAAGCAGAGUCAGGUGAUGCAGAGGUGGAAUUAUCUGAAUCAAAGUUUGUGGAGCUGGUUGAAUCUCUGCUGAAAGACCCAAGUGAAAGGGAGAACUUCUACCAGGACGUGUUCCCUGUGGAAUUUGGGCCCAAGUAUGACACUGCAAUACAGAUGCUGAUGUUAGAAUUCCUUUCCAGACUUGAGAAGUUACUUCCCAUACCAGACCUUGAACAGACUGCCUCCUUGUUAAAUGCUGUCCCCUCUGCCCUGGAGAAAUGUGUACAGUUUGUACCUGACCCCAAACAAUUGAGGACCCUGCUCCAGUACCACAGAAAACGUGGACAUUUGGACUCCAUCCGAACUCCAUCGUCCUUUGGUGACUUCAUCCUCUCCUCUCUGUCUCUUCCUCCAUAUGUGCGAGUGGUGACUGCCCCAGAUGUAGACUCAGAUACACAAUCAGAAGGGAUGAAUUUGGAGGGAAUGGAAGCAAGAGAGUUGUUGGAGAAUCGGACAAAGGAAAUCGAUGUACUAGUCCCAGCAGAUGAAGUUAAAAGAUACAUAAUUACUGAGCAGGAUUACGUUAUGGACAUGGAGUCUGCCGUUGGGGAAAUUGACAAUCAAGCUGUCACUGGCUUGAAUUUACUCAGACCAUCACAUUUUCAACAAUUAAAACGAAGCAAAAGGCUGCAAAUUAAGAAAAUGUUUUCAAAACGACGGAAACCUCGAAAGACCGAUUCCUCCGGGCGCGCAAUCAAACAGCCAUCAUCCAAGGUGCGCGUCUCCCCCAAAGGACGAAAACCACGAAAGACUGAUUCUUCCGGGCGUGCAAUCAAACAGCCAUCAUCCUCCAAGGGUCGGCCCUCCCCAAAGAAGUCAUGCAAAAGAGGCCCAUUCAGUAAGACAUGUGAAGUGUGUGGGAAGACUUUCACUCGAGUCACAGCCAUGAAAAGGCAUCAGCUAACCCACACUGGAGAUCUCAAGUUUAAGUGCCUCAUGUGUGAAAAAAGCUUCAGGGAUGGUCAUAAUCUGAAGAGACACCAGAGGCGAGUUUGUGAAAAGGAGCUAAACAUGUUGGAUGAAGAUAAAAAUGAGGAUGAGAUCCCACAACCCUCAACUAGCAAACCUCAGAUCACAUCACUCCUCAAGACACCCUCUCCACCAGAGCCAUCUCAUCAAGGAACUCUGGACACUAUCACAUCCUCUAACACAUGCUCUGUGUGUGGGAGGUAUUUUGCUCGUACUUCAAGCUUGGUAAGGCACAUGAGCUCCCACUCAAAAGAGCGUCCAUUUGGGUGUGUCAAUUGUGAUAAGAGAUUCAAGUAUUCGUACGAUUUGAAAAAACACCAGAGAGAAUUGUGUCAGAAAGUGACCCAGGGAGAUUUGUGUCAGGAUGUUGGUCAGAACAUGGCACAACAAAAGAGUGGCCUGCAACCAGAGAAGGAUUUUCUUGCCACUGCAGAGAAUCGAACCCAGAUAGAUUCCAAAACCUGUUAUGUCUGUGGUAAGAUUUUGACUUGUACCUCACAGAUGGAAAGGCACUUGAAAUCUCACUCAAAGGCACGUCCCUUUAAUUGUGCUGUUUGUGAGAGAAGUUUUAAGUACAAAGAUACCUUGAAGAAACAUCAGGAAAUCCUUGGCCACGAGGGCAUCCUAGAAGACUUGGGUCAGAAUGUGGACCAGCAAGAAGUGGAAGUUAACACCGAGAGUUGCAUCAGCCCUCUCACUACCAAGGAAAUCGACACUGAGCCCCUUAUCACGGCUGCUACCUCAGUGCCGACUCUCAAAGAACCCAAACCAUGCACUGUGUGUGGGAAGAUUUUUAACCGUGCUUCAGUUAUGGCUAUUCAUAUGAGAUCCCAUUCAGAUGAGCGUCCUUAUCAAUGUGGCAACUGUGAACAGCGCUUUAAGUACAUGCACAAUCUGAAUCAACACCAGAGAUAUAUCUGUAAGGUGAACCGAGAAGAGUCCUCUCAGAUGGUAGACCAGCACCAAGAGGAGGCGUCUAGUGAACUGCUGGCUGUUAAGGCUGAUAACCCAGAGACAUCUACCAGUCAACUACAACUGGUUCACUGGUGUAAAAAAUGUGGAAAGUGUUUCGAUGACAUCUGUAAUUUGAAGCAACACCAGGAAAGUUCAUGCAAAGAGGAAAAAGUAAAGGUGGUCUUCCAAUGUGAAAAAAGAAAGGUAGUCUUCAAAUGUGAUGAUUGUGGGAAGGACUUCAAAGGUUCAUCAUCCCUAAGGACACACAAGCGAAUUCACAACCCAUUCUAUUGCUCUGAUUGUGGAAGGGUCCUCCCAAACUCCAUUGCCUUUGACAGACACAAGCUGAUGCAGCACAAGGAAAUCCAGUGUACCAUGUGUGAGAAGACCUUUACCCUGUUGGGGCGUCUGAGAGAUCACUACCUGCAUCAACAUAAAUUCACAGGACCAUACGCCUGCUCUCAAUGUGAGAAAACUUUUACCCAGUUAAGAUACCUUGUUGAACAUGAGAGAGUUCACUCAGGAGAGUACCCUUACCAGUGCUCUGUUUGUCAAGCAAAGUUCAAUAAAGCAAAUUCUCUAACAAUACACAGUAGGAAGCACACAGGAGAAAAGCCAUUCCUGUGCUGGCAGUGUGGAAAGAGUUACAAGGAUCGUGGAAACCUGUCAAUGCAUAUGGGGACUCACUCAGAGGAGAAACCCUUUUCUUGUUCGCAGUGUGACAUGACUUAUCGGACAAAGAUUCAGCUGAAUACACACAUUGAACAAGUUCAUGAGGGGGUGAGAUAUACCUGUGCAGUCUGUGGAAAGCAGUUUUUGAAAGCAGUGUCAUUGAUAAGACAUGAACUCACUCACACAGGAGAAAGACCAUGGCCAUGCUCCUAUUGCACAAAAACCUUCAUCACUGCCAAUGAAAGGAGAUUGCAUGAAAGAUACCAUACUGGUGAGAGACCAUACAAAUGCCAAGACUGUGGAAAGUCCUUCGUACAGUUAUGUUUUCUGAAAGCACACCAACGACUUCACACAGGAGAGAAGCCAUUUGCAUGCAGCGUUUGUGACAAACGUUUCAGAUUGAAUUACCAUAGGCAAAGACACGAGCAAACCCAUACAGGAAAACAGAAGCCACAUGUGUGUGCGGAAUGUGGGUUAGCUUUCGCUCAAAGAAAGCGCUUGACUGAACACCAAUGCACUCACUCCUUGAAUUAAAAUGUACUUUCUUUUAACUCUAA